GAUGGAUUCACUAUUCGUUUCCAUUCUACAAUUAUCCUCGACUGUGUGCUCCGCCACCGAAUCGAGAUACGCAAGUAGCUCGAAUGUUGAAACACCUUAAAGCCUGUGAUUGUGGUGUGUACGAAGACAAAGGUUUCGUGACAACUCACAGGCAAGGAAUCCUUUGAUAUCUCCAGUGGCUCUGACUUACGCGGCCUGAACUGAAGCAUAUUUUUGACACACCGUAAACCAAUGAAGCUCAAUAUCCACCUCAUCACCCCCUAGCAUGUUCGUCAAUCCCUACGUCCCUCAACCAGCCUACCCAUAUUACACCUACACUCCCGGCGGAGAGGUCUCUGGGCCAACACCCGUCUAUGCUCUCCUGAUCAUCGGGAUGGUAUUCUUCAUGGUUUCCAACGUGAUGCCAAACCUCAUCCCGGCAGCAGAUAGGGUCUGGCAUACCGCACCAUUCCUCCUACAAUGGGGAUUCUUGAUCAUCAUAUGCGCAAUUUGUGUGUUGUGGAAUUCCGGAGACCGAUAUACGUAUACAUGCUGAUAGGUUAUGCAGUGGUACAGAUGACAGGACUACUACCUGGCGUCCCUCAAAUUCACAUCACCUAUGUCCACAUGACUAUCGCUGUGCUGCUUUUUGUGAUCAUGUGGAAUCAGAUCGUGCCCGAACCCUCCCCACCGCCACCCGAAGAGAAAAAGUCGUCCUCAUCCUCCAAGGACAAGCCAGCAGAAGCAAAGAAAGAGGAAAGGAAGAAAGAAGAGCCCAAGCCGGAGGAACCUUCCCCUUGGGACGACCUCCGUGCUCACCCAUCUGCUUUCCUGACCACAAGGUUGAACAAGAUGAUGCCGUGGCCAUUUCCGAUGGGGAAGGCUUCGGCAGGCGGGAAAGAGCUCUGGUGGGAAAAGGGGAUGCCUGCACAUGUAGGACAUUUCAACAGGCCCGAACAGCCUGCACCCAAGAAGGAUGCCGACGAAGACGCAAAGAAGAAGCAGAAGGAAGAGGAGGCAAAGAAGAAGAAGAAGGAAGAAGAGGAGAAACAGAAAGCCAAGGAGCAGGAAAAGCUGAAGCAGAAGGAAUCAGAAAAAUCCAAGGAAAAAGAGAAGGCUAUGGAGAAGGAAAAGGCAGCUAAAGAGGCUGCUGCAAAGGCGAAAGCCAAAGAGGAUGAAGCCAAACGGGCCAAGGAACUCGAAAAGGCCAAAUCGGAGCGUGCGAGGCAGCAGGCUGUCGAAGACAAGCAGCGGCAGAAACUGUGGCGUACGAAAUACCUGGUAAUGAUCAUCGGAAUCAGUUUCUUGAACCGGUCACUUGCGUUCCUUCUCCUGCUGUGCUUGUGUCUGCAAAUGGUAUCGCAAGAGGUCAACAAAGCUGUACCUCCAGCAAGCUCGCCACCGGCUGCCGCACCGGCCUCUACCUCGUCUUCAUCAACUUCGUCUCAAGCGCCCUCUUCUUCUGGAACCCCCUCAAAGCCCCCUUCUGCCUCCAGUGCUGACGCAGGAAAAGAAAAGAUGGCUAAAAUGAAAGCUAUGAAGGAGAAGGAAGCCGCAAUUAGAGCAAAAAGCUCUUCUUCCUCGUCCGCAAACCUUUCGUCGUCUUCCUCGUCUGCUAAACCUUCGUCGUCAUCCUCCAGCUCAUCCAACUCGAAGACUUCAUCCUCCUCCUCCUCCGAACCCAAAGAUGCACCCGUCAGUAGCGACGCGAUCCGUAAAGCCUCUGGCUCUACGACAGUCACAAAAGUCGACCCUGGAGAAGACAGCAGUAUCGGUGUUCCCUAUACGGUGGGCUUUGGCAUGAAUUACAUCUUCAACCCGGACACGAAAGGAGAAACUCUGGAGAGCCCAUCGAUGCCCAUUCCAAGCACUGGCAUGUCACAUCCGCUCAUGACGACUACUUAUCGCCAGUAUGCCAAUUGAUCGAUACAACUCGGAUGGCCGCGAUCUGGUAUUGUCGAGGUAGGAUGGUUCUCGCCUGAAGAUGUAUCUUGUAUGCCCUUGUGUUGCAGAGUAUGGAUUACAGUAUCUCGAGCCGAGUCGAGUGCUGCUUAUCGUGAGGGUUGAGUGACAAGUGAUCGCCAAGGAGAUAGGCGAUGCUCUAAUUGUUGCGUUACGGCGUAUGAUGUAAUAGCCUUGCCCUGCCGCGGCCGCCGGGCAUCUCGCUGCACUGUGGAAUUGG